AUGCCGCACAUCGACGAGACGAUGACCCCAGAGGUGAAGGAGCUGUGGCGUCCUUCAAUCCCCGAAGCAACCCAAAUUUAUGACUUUAUGACCAAGGUGAACAAAAAGUAUGAGCUGUCGUUGUCUGAUUAUGAGGGUCUCUGGAAAUGGAGUGUUUCCGAGCCGGCCAAAUUCUGGGAAGAGAUCUGGCACUAUACACAUAUCAGGGCUCAUGAGCCAUACAAGAAUGUCAUGGAAUCCAAGCAAGCCAUGUUCCCCCGGCCUGCAUUCUUUGAAGGGAGCACGCUGAAUUUCGCCGAGAAUCUCCUCUAUCCAGCUGCCAAUCCCGAUGAGAAUUCAAUUGCAAUCAUCGGGGCCACAGAGGCUGAUCGCGAGUUCAUCUCCUGGAAAGAGCUGCGAGAGCGUGUUCGCCAGUGUGCAAAUGCCUUGAAAGAGGCAGGCCUGCAGACUGGUGACCGCGUGGCGGGGUUUGUGGGUAACAAUGCUACUACAGUCGUGGCUAUGCUGGCUGCGACAUCCAUCGGUGCUUUCUGGACCGGAGUGUCUCCAGAUACCGGGGUGCAUGCUGUUCUAGAGCGACUGAAGCAGAUCCAACCCAAGAUCCUAUUCGCAGACAAUGCCUCGCUCUACAACGGCAAGAUUCACCGCUCGCACGCCAAGGUGCGCGAGAUCGUGUCCGAACUGCCUGAUUUAGAGCGAUUGAUCCUUAUUGAAACAGCUAAGUCUCUCGACUUUGAUAUCCGAGAGGUCCGUCCUCAAAAUGGACAGGCAGUCACCUUGGAGCAGUUUCUGUCUGCUGUUCAAAAUCAAGCGGCACCGCUCCAGUUUACCAGCUUGAAGCCCGAGCAUCCAGUUUAUAUUCUCUACUCUUCGGGCACUACUGGUGCACCAAAGCCCAUCGUACACGGCUCCUUGGGCACACUUCUGCAGCACAAGAAGGAGCAUCUUCUGCACUGCGAGAUUCGGCCAGGUGAUCGGCUCUUUUACUUUACUACGACAACGUGGAUGAUGUGGCACUGGCUCGUUUCUGGUCUGGCCAGUGGUGCUACGAUUGUGUUGUACGAUGGCUCGCCAUUCCGCCCAUUCGAUGUCGAAGGUGGAAACGGAGAGAUGGCUAUGCCUCGUCUCAUCGAUGAGCUGCAAAUCACCCACUUUGGUACCUCGGCGAAGUACCUCUCUAUCCUCGAGCAGGCCGCCCUCAAUCCAAGCAAACAUCAGCAUCGUCCCGUGAGUCUCAAGACUAUGAAGGCCAUCUUCAGCACUGGCUCCCCACUGGCCCCUUCGACUUUCGAGUACAUUUACUCGUCCAUUCACCCCGAUAUCAUGCUGGGCUCUAUCACGGGCGGCACAGACAUUUUGUCCCUGUUCUGCUCUUGCUGUCCAAUCUUGCCUGUCUACACAGGCGAAAUUCAAUGUCGUUCCCUUGGCAUGGCCGUUUCGGUGUUUGACCAUGCCGGCAAGGAUAUUAGCGCCUCGGGCGAGCCAGGAGACCUGGUUUGCACAACUCCCUUCCCAGCACAGCCUGUUAUGUUUUGGCCUCCGGGCCCGGCUGGCCUGGAGAAAUACCGAAAGAGCUAUUUCGACGUAUUUGGGCCUUCGGUCUGGCACCACGGAGACUUUGUGUGCCUGAAUCCACAGACUGGUGGAGUGGUCAUGUUGGGCCGCAGUGACGGCGUGCUGAAGCCAUCUGGAGUUCGAUUCGGAAGUGCAGAGAUCUAUAAUAUCUUACUGAAGCACUUCGCCGACGAGGUUGAAGAUUCCCUAUGUGUUGGACGGAGGCGAGAGGGCAUUGACACGGAUGAGACCGUGGUUCUCUUCGUGAGACUCGCUCCUGGCAGUACUACUGACGUGAAGGAGCUUUCGUCGCGGAUUCAAUCAGUGAUCCGCAAGGAAUUGAGUCCACGUCACGUUCCUGGUGUCAUCGACGUCUGUCCAGAAAUCCCAGUCACCUCCAAUGGUAAGAAGGUUGAGAAUGCGGUCAAGCAGAUCCUGUGUGGACUAAACAUCAAGAUCGGGGCCAGCGUUGCUAAUGCUUCUUGUCUUGAAUGGUAUCGCAACUGGGUAUCUGAAAACCCAUGA